AUUCAGACCUCCAGCCUGGGCUUGCCGUUGCCAGUGGCAACGAUCGUCGCUGGCGGGAGUGCGGCCAUCGAUUAGUAAUGUCUUGCGUCCGUCACAGGAGGUGGGGGCAUGGCUGGAGAAGGAAGGCCUCCCUGGACUUGCGGUCGCCGCGUGUUUUCGGUUGCGAGGUGGCUCGCUCGUUCUGCGAUCUAUUGAGAGUGGCUUCCGACAGCUCGGGGUUGAUGUCGGGGAGGGAGGGAAGAUGGCGGCCGUGGCAGCGGGCGGCCUGGUGGGAAAGGGGCGCGACAUCAGCCUGGCGGCCCUGCAGCGCCACGACCCCUAUAUCAACCGCAUCGUGGACGUAGCCAGCCAGGUGGCUCUGUACACUUUCGGCCAUCGGGCCAACGAGUGGGAAAAGACUGAUGUGGAAGGAACUUUAUUUGUUUACACAAGGUCUGCUUCUCCAAAGCAUGGGUUCACCAUUAUGAAUAGGUUGAGCAUGGAAAACAGGACAGAACCCAUUACUAAAGACCUGGAUUUCCAGCUCCAGGACCCUUUCCUUCUCUACAGAAAUGCCAGAUUGUCCAUUUAUGGAAUUUGGUUUUAUGAUAAGGAAGAAUGCCAAAGAAUUGCAGAGCUUAUGAAAAACCUAACUCAGUAUGAACAGUUGAAAGCCCAUCAGGGAGCUGGAGCAGGAAACUCUCCGAUAAUCCUCAAUUCAGGAGAGGGCAAGGAAGUAGAUAUCUUGCGAAUGCUCACCAAGGCCAAAGAUGAAUACACCAAGUGUAAAACCUGUUCUGAGCCAAAACAGAUAACCAGUUCAUCUGCUAUCUAUGACAACCCCAAUCUCAUCAAACCAAUUCCAGUGAAGCCUAGUGAAAACCAGCAACAGCGCAUACCUCGGCCCAGCCAGACCUUAGACCCUGAACCACAACACUUGUCCUUGACAGCUCUCUUUGGGAAGCAGGACAAAUCUACAUGUCAAGAAACUGUGGGGUCCCCACAGACCAUCCGCCACCAGCAGCAGCAGCAGCAGCAGGAGAAACUUCCGGUCAGGCAGGGGGUUGUACGCUCUCUCUCCUAUGAGGAACCCAGAAGACACUCACCCCCCCUCGAGAAACAGCUCUGUCCGGCCAUUCAGAAACUCAUGGUCAGGAGUACAGACCUCCAUCCAUUGUCAGAGCUGCCUGAAAACCGGCCCUGCAAAAAUGGCAAUACUUGUUCUGCUGGGGAGGUUUUUCUGGGACCUGUCCAGCCAGGGUCUCCCCGUAGCAUUGGGACUUCCUGUCAUGUACAGAGUGCUUCCAGAACUCAGAACCUGUUGGAGAAGCUUCAGAGCACCCCAAGGUCAGCGAACAAGUAUGAGCCUAGUAUACCAGCACCUGCUGGCUCAGCUGCCCCAAACCUCAGCACCACUCUCCCUGCUGCCACCCCCGGUGCUCCAGUAAGGGGACUGGUGCAGGCACAGGUGGGGUAUUUCAAUGGCUCCCUUCCACCUCAGACACCAGGACAUCAGGCUCACGGAAAAGAGCAGUCAACACACCCAAGACCGACACUCCCCCUCUCUGGCAAUCCGAUGAGCAGCUCUGGAGUGAUCUCCCCUCAAGAGUUACUGAAAAAGCUUCAGAUUGUACAGCAGGAGCAGCAGUUGCACGCAUCUAACCGGCCGGCUUUGGCAGCGAAGUUCCCCGUGGUAACCCAGAGCUCUAGGACAGGGAAGACCUUGGAGUCCUGGAUAGACAAGACACCCAGCACAGAAAAGCAGACUCCUCUUUUUCAGGCCAUCUCACCUCCGCGCGUCCUUGCUACAGUGGCUCCUUCUCUGCUCAUGUCCCCUAUGGUGUUCACACAACCCACCUGUGCCCCACCAAAGGAGAGGGACAGUGGGCUCCUGCCUCUGGGAAGCCAAGAACCAGCUGCCACUUCCACCAGCCUCCUCCUGCCUCUGCAGACCCCAGAACCCCCUGCAGUCACCAGCAGCCCACUUACCAAGCUCCAGCUUCAGGAAGCACUGCUGUACCUCAUUCAGAACGAUGACAACUUCUUGAAUAUAAUCUACGAAGCUUAUCUCUUCAGCAUGACACAAGCAGCCAUGAAAAAGACAAUGUGAAAGCAAAACAUUUUCAGCCUGAUUUUCAAGGUCCUGUGGCUCAAGAUUCUUUCACAUCAGUGGUGUUACCCUAAAUGUUUCCGCCUUUUUUAAAAGUAUGUACGAUAUGAAUUAAAACAUUUCAGAAUUUUUUUCAGUCAA